CUCCCAGCAGCUGCUUACGACCGUUUAAUCCCUGCACAUUUUAGAGAUCUUCCCGAGCUGGAUCCUGUCUUCCUUUCAGCACUGCGCUGUUUGGUUUUAUUCCCAGCGCCAUGAACAUUUCCGUCAGGUCCGCAAAAGCCACACCCCAUUUUCACAGCCCUGAGUCUAGCUGAAGGAAAGGCCACGCCCCCCCACCUGGACUCACCUGACCGAUCAGGGAACUGGCAGCUCCGCCCACCCUGCCCUCUCGAUGAGGGACAAAGCCACCCAGACCCCCAGGGCCUGGGUAGAUGAGCGCAGGAGGGGCUCCCACAAGCGCUCGGCCUCCUGCGGCAGCACCGAUCAGCUAAAGGAGAUCGCAAAAUUGCGGCAGCAGCUGCAGCGCAGCAAACGUAGCAGUCGUCAUCGACGCGAUAAGGAGCGCAAAUCGCCCUUCAAUGGCAACCAUGCUAUUAUCCAAUCACAGUCCCAGAUGCCUAAAACCAUCUUGAUUCCCAUCCCCAUCUCCAAGUCCACGCCUCCUCGCUUCCGCAACAGCAUCGAGGGACUCAACCAGGAGAUCGAGCGCAUCAUCAUACGGGACACACCUGAGCGUGAUGAGGUCAUCAUUCCACAGGACGUUCCUGACGGACACCGCGCACCCCCACCCCUUCCCCAGCGCAGCAGCAGCACACGCAGCAUCGAUACACAGACACCCUCAGGAAGAAGCCUGGGUGGUAACCGUAGCAACAGCAGCAGCCGGGCGGAUUCGGUGUCCCCGUCUUACCUCAGCAUCCUGAACGAUGCAAUGGGAAACAGUCCCUUAACCAACGAUGACACACUCAACGAGAGCAAGGAAAGAGAUCUGGGGCCGUACUCACCCUUGCCCAAGUACGCAUCCUCUCCCAAACCCAACAACAGCUACAUGUUCAAGCGGGAGCCUCCAGAAGGCUGUGAAAGAGUCAAGGUCUUCGAAGAGAACCAGCCCAGGCCUCUGCAGGAGAUCCCUCCGUACCUGUGUCCGGACCGGAACAAGGUGAACUUCAUUCCCAAAAGCGGCUCUGCGUUUUGUCUCGUCAGCAUCCUGAAGCCGCUGCUGCCCACCCAGGAGCUGAGCUUCCGCGGCGGCGUGUCGUACUGCAGCCUGUCUCCCUCCCUCGUCCCUCUCAGCGGGGUCGGAGUGCGCAGCCUGUCCCCUUCUCUCGGCCCCGUCCUAACACGAGGACGCCAGUCCCCCUGCCUCCCACGCCACCUGGAGGAGCCCGAGGGUUAGAUUCCCAUUCGAAUCUCCACCAUUCAAGGAAUUUCAUCACCUGCAUUGUUGCUAAACAGACUCAUUUCCUCAUGUGAAUCCAAAUCUCAAAGCUGUGACUGCAUCAGGGCUCGAUUUAUUCAACUGAUCCAAAUCGCUAACUGAAACUUGAAUGUGAGAUCGUUAACGUGAUGCUACUGUGUCUUUCCUUUCCUGUCAGCCAGGGAUGAGGACGAGGCUGUGAAAUGUGUGUAAAGUAGAGUGUUCUUCUUUUUUUACGUUCGGUGUUUUCUCGCAGUCGACCAUCAAAGCCUUUCAAGAGCCAAGUUUCCUUGUACAUAUCCCUCCUUUAACUUUUUUUUUUGGACUCUUAGAAGAACACGGGACUCCAGUGUGCUGUGUGUGUGUACACUAUGUGUGUGUUAUGAGUAGUUAACAUGCAAAGAGAAAAAAAAAUGUAGCUAAUAACAGGGACGGACAAACAAAAAAGAUCCUAAUCCCGUGCCUGAAACUCACCGCCUGUAGCAGCAUUAAUCCUAAACCCAGCUCUGACGUUACCUUUCCAGGGGUCUCAUUUAUUACGUUUAUUAAUCAACUUUAAUUUGUACAAACUACAAAACUAGUAUUUUAUUAUAUCGCACACAGAUAUCCACAAUGAAUGAGAAAAUUAUUGACCAUACAUCAGAGAUGGGAGUAAGUCACACACGUGCAAGUCACAAGUAAGUCUCAAGUCAUGAAUGUCAAGUCAAAGUCAAGUCGAGUCUUUUUUUAAUACUUGUCAAGCAAGUCUCAAAUUUGCGACUUAAAUCUGACUCGAGUCAAGUCGAGUCCCUCAUCUCUGAGUCAUUUAACUCAAGUCCGAGUCAGGUUUCAAGUCAUGAAUGUCAAGUCAAAGUCAAGUCGAGUCUUUUUUAAUAUUUGUCAAGCAAGUCUCAAGUCUCAAAUAUGCGACUUAAUUCUGACUCGAGUCCCCCAUCUCUGCCAUACAUGGUAAACAACUUCCUCCAGCUGCUGCAAAGCAAAUAUAGUCAACAAACUAAUUCUAGAUGACAUGAAAAUACAAUUUAAAUACUGUUAGUUAGCUGUUUUUGUUUUUUUUUUACUUUAUUUCAACUCUUACAUAAACAACGUGAGAUAAGAUGAAUUUGGCUGAAACGUGUUCUGCAAACGAUUCGCCAGGUUUGCGAUCUCAAACAUUAGACCGCGGUGCUGUCAAAUUCUGUAACCUUUAAUAAGGUUGAAGUUUUUUGGUUAUCUUUACAUUGACAGAAGGACCAGUCAGAGGUAAAUCUCUGACUUUAAACAUUUUUCUCAAGAAUCGUAUUGAGGUUGCUGUAAACUAUAAACUUUCAGACCGAUUAAAAAGGAGUCGUGACUGUUCAUAGCCGCUCAAAUGUGAAAUGUAACUGGAUUCAGAGUACGAUGUGUCUUUCUUUGAACUGCUGUGGAUAAAAGAAAGAGGAAUAAAACAGUUCGCCACACACGCUGGAUAAAUGAGACCCCUGGAUCCUGAAUCAGCGUAUAGAGCCGAGUCUCUUCUCCUUUAGACGAUCAGAUGCUUUAUAUGAAUCGCAGGUGAAACAGGAGGAACCUGGUGCUAUGUCAUGUUAAUUAUACUGUUAAUGUU